CUCCAUGAGACAUCUGCCCUGAGAGCUCAGAAGCCGUGCAGCUCACUGCGAGAGAGGAACGCGGUUCUUCAUUGCACAUUAGCCUAAAGAGAGACAGAAACCGAGGGGGCAGCGGGAGUACGAGUUCCACCGAACAGCACCACAGGACCACACAGAACCGAACUGGGAAGGACAGAGACAGGAAAAAAAAUUAUCCAGACCUGAUCUGGCAUCCCAUAACAGAAAACUUUACACGUCCCAACUGUAAGAGGAUCGAAGAGAAGGCCUCUGUACAGAAUGUCUAAACAGCCAUCAACAAACGUAAAAGCUUUACAGGCCAACCUCAAUAUUCCAAUGGGAGCUUUGCGUCCGGGAGCGGGACUUCCUGUGAAGAGGAAAGAGGAGACACAGGACACAGAGGAGGUACCGGCCGUCACUCCAGAAGAAAAGAAGCACCUUCCUGGUGCUGUGAAACUUCCAGGACCGGCAGUUAACCUUUCUGAGAUCCAGAACGUCAAAAGCGAACUCAGAUGGGUCACUAAAGAUUAGACACACUCAGGUGACCCCGCCUUGCUCGUCAAGGAAGGAGACAGACAGCUCUACCAGCUCUACCUAUUUCAUUACAGAUUCUCUACGACAAUCUCCAACAAAUCCCAAAUUCCCAGCUACUGAAAACAAGACGCCCAUCCUUCAAUGAACUGCAAUAACUCAAAGCACAAAACUUUCAAUUCCUGCAACACAAAGUUUUUCCUGCUUCAAGAACGGAUUAGACCCACAUACAACUCCCAGACUGCAGUUAUCCCGGUUUCUUGCAAACUCAUGGUCUAGAACCUAUUUCAGAUCUGGUACUGAAUCUCAGCCAUCUCUACAGCUUGAUACUGCACAAAAUUAUGGCCCAAGAAUGGUUCAGGAUAUUUUGGCAGAUUAGAGCCACAUAGCAGCCAUGAUCAUCCCAAAUCCAUGCCAGCAGUCAUCUCUAAUAACAUGCAGACUGUGGUAUCAAACCUCAGCCGUCUCUUGCCUAAGAUACUGCAAAGGAUACAGCGGAAGGAUGUCUGAGACUGGUUCUCCAAGUUACAGCUACAUAAAAGUACCAAAGCUUAGCCAGUAGUCAUCCCUAUUAUUAGUUCUUUAUCCAUUUUCAACAUUUGGUUUCAAAUCUCAGCCUUGAUACUGAGAAGAGUAUGGCCCAAGAAUGAUCUGGACUUAUCUUCCAGAUUAGACUUCUCUAACAGGCAUAUUAAUACCAAAUCUCAGCCUGCAGUUACUGCCACUGUUGUUGCAUACAUAACCUAGAAACAAUUAAUAAUCUGGUACUGAAUCUCGUCCAUCUCUAAGCACAGAUAUUGCAAAUAAUGAUGGUCCAAAUUGGUUCUCCAUCUGAAAGCUGCAUAACAGCUGGUAUAGUCACAAAUCCCAGGAUAAAUUCAUCCCUAUUAUUGAACUUUACAGAAACCUUAACCUAUUUUAUAUCUGCUACCAAAUCUUAACCAUUGUUUGGAUCAGAACUUGUAAAGAAUCCUGGCCCAGGUACUCAAACAAUAUUCCUGAGGAAUGGUCCUGACUGGUUCUCCAUCUAAGGUUGUUUUCACACUCGGUCCCUUUCAGCCCUCAAAAUGAAGCAAUUAUUUAUCUUUUUUUUUACGCAUAUGUGAACACUCCGAAUGAAUUCAGACCCUCUGAAACAAACCAAACUGAGACCACCUCCUGAAGUGGUCUCAGUUUGGGUUUGCUUAAAGUCUGCAUUGCAGUUCGCUUAACCUGUGUAUUGUGAACACAAGGCACUCCAAGUUUGCUUCACCUUUUGCCACUGUAUUUUAGCCCUCUAGGCUUGCCAUAGAGAGAUCACAUUCUAUUGCAAAGGGACGCUCAAAAAAGAUAAACAGACAGAAUUAUGGCCAUGAUACAGAACUACAGUGUGAACAGAAAGGGGACUGAUGCGGCCUUCAAAUGGACCUCGUGAGAUUGAAAUUGGGAUUACAGCAUAGGAAGUCGUGCACGUUAAAUGCUUGGCAUUCAAGUGGUGUCAUAGUGAGAAGACUGCUGCUAGGCAGUGGCAACAUGGAUGCCAAAAGACUCCUCAUUCAGGCUAAUGUUAACAAUUUAGCAAGCUGUACAGAGGGUAAUGUAAUGUAGAAAGUAUCAAAGCAUAAUAAAAAUAUGAGGCUGUUGGGAAUAACAUUUUCCUUAGACAGCUUAUAAAAUUGUAAAAUUACGAAGAAAACUCAAUACAACUAAAAUUACAAUGUAUUAACUUACCAUCCACCAACAAAUGUACUUCCAUAAUCUCUGCCAUUUGUGAAAAUGUCGGCAAACACGUCACAUCUCAUGAAUUCUGAGCUUUCAGAAAAUUUCCACUUCCGAUGUCAUGAAUAUCACAAGAGAGGGCGCUCUUCUCAUGAACACAGUAAACACGAGCCCAUUUGAAGGCACCACGAGACCUUAUCAGAGCUGAACUGAGUCCUUUCAUAAUGUGAACACAAAAAGAACUAAGUCCCUUUUCCUCAUUUUAAAAGGACUUAGUUUGGGUUAUAUGUGAAAACACCCUUAGAUUAGUGAUGCCAAAGAGGACCAAAUCCCAGUAAACAGUCAUUACUGUACUAUAGGUCUCUCUUAUCCCAGAUACCACAAAGAUGGCCCAGGAAGGCCCAGAAUAGCUUGCCAGUGAAGGACAAAGCAGGAAGGUCAUACCAGGGUCAAACAAAAUUCAAAUACUUUUUGGACCUUUUGUAUAAUGUGAAGACUGGCCCAUGAAUGGUACCAAAUCCUAUCUUAUAAACCUCAAAGAUCACCCAGCUCAGUCAUAAUCAGACCAAAUCCCUGCUAGCAAUCAUCACUAUUACUCUUUUAUGGAGUAAUGCAUUUUCAGACUCCGGUAUUACAAAGAAUGAUGACUCAUGAUGACCCCAAAUUGACUACCAAAUGAGGCAAAAGCGACAAGUCCAUGCCAGGGCCAAGCAAAUUGCAAACAUUUUGGAUGCAUCCUCAAUCAGCCCACAUGCUGUUUACCAUCAGAGAUGUGGCACCAUCAGUGCCAGAUAUAACAUCAUGCUGACACACUUGAUAAUGCUUCUUGACCAGAUAAUUUUGCUCUGUAGGUAUUAAAGCACAUAAAUCAAACCUGCACAUAAACUGCACAUUUUUAUUGCAAGUAACCAGUUACAGUUCUGUUCUCUUUUAUAUCUCCUGAUUUAAAUCGAAAGCGUGUCUUUGAGAAGUGGUCUGAUUCCGUAACAGAUCUGUGAAGCUCCUUUGCUGCCAUGUGUGAAGUCACAUAUUUAAAUUCCUUUUAUAGAGCCUGAAUCAUAAUGUACCAUGAUGACUAGUCUGUGUUGUUUGUGUUAAUAGUGGCAAAUGUCGUCUCACUUCAUUUAUUCUGAACAAAUCAGAGACAUUGAAAAACAUGUUUUCAUACUUCAAGGCCUUUUCUUUUGAACUGCUCCGUUUUUUUCUGCCUUUCCUUGCCAUUGUUCUCGGGCUUAGUUUUGAGAGUGUGUAGGCUGAAAUGCAAUAAAAACACGAUUUCUCAGUGUCACGGUGUAGGAGGGUGAAGCAAUCACAUGUUGUCUUUGAGCAAACAGAAGUGAAUUUCCAACACUUUGUCACUGUCUUAUUAGCUUUUAAAUGUGAUAUUUGUGAAGAACGUUUUCUCUCUUCAUGUCUCCUGUUGAGCAGCAGCACAUCAGUGAAAGUGUCCUUACUGAAGAUUCUGAGUUAGAAGGGCUAAAAGAAAAUAAUGAUAUCAUCUCUGAAGUGUAAUAAAAACUUGGGUCAAAAAUAAAAUACCAUGCCACAUACGGUAACUGA